GCACCCGUCAUUGCAGGACGUCGUGUAAAAAUGCUGUGAAACUGAUCACCUCAUUUGAAUGUGUUAACAGAAUUAAACGAUUCCCCCAAGACGCGAAAUGGUGUUGGUUGUCGCAAGUAUUUCACACAACGCAGAUACGAGCCGUUACAAUGGUGCCGUGACCGUGACUCUGGAAGCAGCGUGCUGGAACGACUGAUCGGAGGUUUCCGGAGGUGUUCGUACCGGGUGACGAGAGCUUUUAGCGUGAGGAGCUGUUUGAUGCAGUACCGCUUGCUACCACAAGGAGGAGGAAAGGACCGCGUUUCACCGCUGACGAAAGCAAAGUUCUGUUGAAGCAGCCGAUAUUCACCCCCAUCCUCCCCACCACCACCAGGAUGGUCCCUGUCCAUUAACCCCAGGGGGGUUGGCUGCGCCCCUGCCUUCAUCAUCAUCAGGUAGGAAGUGGAGGAAUUCUUGACCCCCUGGAUGUGAGCUAUGGACGGGGCCUACGCCAAAGAUCUAUGUAUUUUACCAUAUUCGCACCUUGUCGCUGAUCAGUUGUCUAAUAAAUGUUCAUUAUCAAGUUUUCUUGCCUCCCGAGUCUUUCUGGUAGAACCAAGUGAAGUGCAGAAUUAUGCCAAUAUUACAAAGAAAUGAUUAAAUAAAGUUUAUUGCUGACGAUAGAAAAUAAUACGAAUUGUCUGGACACCACGUUUGAUUAGAAGUGGACACAGAAAGUACCUUCAUAUAAAACACGUAACACUCAAAUACUUAUUCAACGUGUCAAAAAUGAACACUAUUUGCAAAUACCAAUGGUCUUUAGGGGAUAAUUAAAAUGCCGGUCCUUGUUUAUUUGCAAACAGAGCUCUUCAAAGCUUAAUGUGCACAAUAACACCACCAGAGAUUCACUGGCGCAGUCUUUAGCAUGUGACUGUGUACACCAGACGGGACCGCUGUCGUGUUGUGCUGCCUCCCACAGCUAGAAGCUGUCUAUCUUCACUGAACGCAUCAAAGCAACUGUUUCAAAUCGCGACAGACUUGUGAACCAGAAACCCCCCAACCCUCCCAGUUUCCAAGAACAUCAUUACAUUAACACCCCCAUCCGUCUCGUGUGUGUAUAUAAGCGUGUUACGGUUCAAACACACAGUGGAUUCCUUCAUGUGUGGAUGACAAGUAAAAGUUCAGAUAUGAAGACGUCUCAUUUUCUACUGUUUGUUUUUGUUUGUUUGUUUGUUGUGUUACAGAUGUCCAGUCAAACAGACUCCGGCUCUUUUCUGAUCUACAACAAGGAUCAUAACAAAUGUGUGAAUGUGGUCACUGCCAGUGCGGUGCAGACGGCAGCGUGUGACGUCUCUUCUGACGCUCAGCGUUUCCGAUGGGUUUCAUCUUCAAGAAUCAUCAGCGUCUCUCUUAAACUCUGCUUGGGAGCUCAAGACAUCAAAGACUGGAUGAAGAUUAUUCUUCUGCCCUGUACAGAACACAGUCCUCUACAGACCUGGGAAUGUAAGAACGAGACCUUGUUUGGAUUAAAAGAUCAAGCGUUACACCUGAACUACGGCAAUUAUCAGGAGCCAAAUAUGAUGCUGUUUAAUGGAAGUGGCGGUUGGAGUCGCUGGCAGAUUUAUGGAAGUGAAGACGAUCUGUGUUCUCACGGAUAUCAAGAGAUUUAUACCCUGGGUGGGAAUUCAUUUGGAAAACCAUGUCAGUUCCCCUUCAAGUUUAAUGAUAAGUGGUACACCGAGUGUAUCGUGGAGGGAAGAUCAGACGGCCGACUGUGGUGUUCAACUGAGACAGAUUAUGACACGGACAAGAAAUGGGGCUUCUGCCCAACUAAAAGCAUCGUAGGGUGGGACAGUGAUCCAGUAAGUGGUGUUUUGUAUCAGAGGAACACACAGUCAGUAUUGACGUGGCAUCAAGCUCGAACCAGCUGCCGACAGCAAGAUGCAGAUCUUCUCAGUAUAUCAGAACUCCACGAGCAGUCUUAUAUAGCAGGUUUGACAGAUCACAUGGGUUCUGUUCUAUGGAUCGGACUGAACAGUCUUGACUUUGAGAGCGGCUGGCAAUGGAGUAAUGGAAACCCAUUCAGAUAUCUCAACUGGGCUCCUGGUCACCCGUCUCUGGAGCCGGGUCUGAACUGUGCUGCAUUAAACGCUGCUAAAGCCUCAAAGUGGGAAAGUUUGUCCUGCAGUAAGAAGUUGGGCUACAUCUGCCGCAAGGGCAAUUCAACAGAGAUCACACCUUCAACAGGUAAAGAUCAGCCGAACUUCUGUCCAGCGGCGUGGGUGCCGUACGCCGGUCACUGUUAUUAUCUGCAGCGCUCUCAGAAGAUGUGGAGCGACGCUUUGGCAGCGUGUCAUAAAGAAGGAUCAGAUCUGGCCAGCAUACACAACAUAGAGGAGCACAGUUUCAUCAUAUCUCAGAGUGGAUACUUGUCCAGUGAUGAGCUGUGGAUUGGUCUUAAUGAUCAGAAGAUUCAGAAUCUGUUUGAGUGGUCAGAUAGAAAACACGUCACCUUCACCAGAUGGAUUGUCGGAGAACCUUCACACAUCACCAAUCGCGUGGAGGAUUGUGUGCUUAUGAAGGGAGAGGAGGGAAAGUGGGCAGAUGAAGCGUGUGAAACAGCUCAUGGUUACAUCUGUAAGAAGAAAGCUUCCAUUAAGCCUGAAGGAUCCACACACAUGAUCAGUCCUGGAUGUCCUGCUGGUUGGUUCAGGUUUGGCUAUUACUGUUAUAAUGUUGCCAUGGAAACCAAAACUUUUGCUGAUGCCAAACUGACGUGUGAGCAGAGCGCAGCGAGUCUGGUUGAUGUUGCCAGCAGGUAUGAGAAUGCGUUUCUCAUCAGUCUGGUUGGUCUUCGGCCUGAGAAAUAUUUCUGGAUCGGUCUGUCUAACACUCAGCAGUUGGAGCUCUUCCAGAGGAGUGAUGGUGUUAAAGUCAAGUUUACACACUUUAAUGUCGGCAUGCCAGAUAGGCACCAGGGUUGUGUGGCGAUGUUAACAGGAUCUUCAGCAGGAUUAUGGGAUGUUCUGGCCUGUAACACUAAACAGAAAUACAUCUGUAAGAAAAUGGCAGAAGGAAUCACUACAACCCCAGAGCCUCCAACCACACAACCUCCCAGCUGCCCAACAGACUGGAUUAAGAAAGAUCCACGCAACUGUGUUCGGGUCUACAGACAGCAGAAGUAUGAGCAGAAGACUUGGUUUGAGGCUCGUGAUUUCUGUCGAGCUCUUGGUGGUGAUUUAGCAAGCCUUCACUCAGAUAAAGAAAUGAAGACGAUUCCGUAUUUUAGUGGACACCCGACGUGGAUCGGCUUCACUUCACUGGACAGUAAUUCUGGCUAUGUGUGGUCAGAUCAAACUCCUUCUGAUUAUGAAAAUUGGGACUCCGGGCAACCAAACAACUACAACAAUAAUGAGAACUGUGCAGAAUACGGCUAUAAGAGUAACCGCAAGUGGAACGAUCGAGAUUGUGGUAAACUUAUUGACUGGAUCUGUCAGAUUCCAAUAGGCAUCACUCCAAAAUACCCAUCUACGUCAGUAAUUCAAGGAUACAACAAGACAUCGGAUGGCUGGACCGUGUUCAAUGGCAGUCAGUAUUUCAUUAAUAAUGAUCUGCUUCCUAUGGAAGAAGCUCGAGCGUUCUGUAAGAAGAAUCACGCUGAUCUUGCUGUCGAUAUCGGUCAAAGCGAGAGGAGGUUUUUAUGGAAGCAGGUAUCUAGUGGAUCAGAAGAUUACUACUACAUCGGGAUGUUUGUCGAGUUGGAUAAAUCAUUUGGCUGGAUGGACGGUUCACCUGUCAUAUACACUGCAUGGGAUCACAAUCAACCAAAUUUUGGCAACAAUGAUGAGAACUGUGUGACCAUUUACAAGAACACUGGGUUUUGGCAUGAUGUCAACUGCGGCAGGCCGUUACCCUCUGUCUGUAAAAGAAGUUCAGAUUUUGUCAACACCACCAUGUCUCCGUCAACUGUAGCGGCGGGCGGCUGUGCUCCUGAAUGGACCCGCUUCCGCGGAAAAUGUUAUAAGCGUUUUGAUAAUAAGAUGACGUGGCAUAAAGCGCGAGAUCACUGCAUUUCACAUGGAGGUAAUCUGGUGUCCAUUCAGAGUCACACGGAGCAAUCGUUUCUCACAACUAUGACGCUCAAUUCUGCUGAUGACAUGUGGACGGGCUUGAAUGACAUCAACUGGGACAUGAAGUUUGUGUGGACUGAUGGUAAAGGCGUCCGAUACACAAACUGGAUGAAAGGUCAACCCGUGUCACCGCAAGAGUCAAGAAUCCUCUUUGAUGAAGAGGCAAGUGAAGACAUACGGAUCAGAUUUUCUUCCCAUCGAUCGAUACACAGGGUUGAAAGUCAGAACUAUGACUGUGUUGUCAUGGUUAGAAAUCCACAGAAGAUCACUGGUGUGUGGAAAGUUGAAGUGUGUGGAAAUGAGAGACGUUUCAUCUGCAAGAGGAACACAGACUCUCAGCUGGCUGCUCCCGUGACCACAGCAGUGCCACAGAGAUUCUUCAGUCUGGGCAACGAUUUAUACAAGGUGCAGCAGGUGAAGAUGAGCUGGGAUGAAGCCAGAAGAGAGUGUAAAGCCGAUGAUGCUGAUCUUGCUAGUGUGCUGGACUCCAUCAGUCAGGCGUACAGCAGCCUCAGAGUCGACACCAUCAGAGAACCUUUGUGGAUCGGCCUCAACAGCAACCUGACAGGUGGACGGUAUCGCUGGGUGGAUAACUGGCUUCUAAGCUACAGUAAAUGGGCCGCAGGAGAACCCAGAAACAAUUUAGCUUGUGUUUAUAUCGACACGGAUGGCGACUGGAAAACUGCAGCGUGCAACAACACAUAUUAUUCCCUCUGCAAACGAUCCAAAGUUGUUGCCCCCACAGAUCCCCCUCAGCUGCCGGGUAACUGCCCCGAAUCAGACUGGAUCUCAUUCAGAGGACACUGCUAUACAUUCAUGAUCUCUCGGAGAGAAAACUGGGAUGAUGCCACAGUGGAAUGCAUGAGAAUAGGUGCAUCUUUAGUCAAUAUUGAGGACCCAAUAGAAUCAAAGUUUAUCCGUCGGAAUCUGGAGAUCCUUCAAGAUGAAGUCAGCUCAAUCUGGAUCGGAAUGCACCGCAGUCAUACGGGUGAAUGGAUGUGGAUUGAUAGUGCGGUUGUGGAUUACACAAACUGGAAACCGCGGAUGCCCAAUAACGCCGGUGACUGUGUGGAAGUUCAGUCAAUCACUGGAAUGUGGAGUAACAACAACUGUAAUAAUCGCAGAGCUUAUAUCUGCAAGACCGCUAAAGUCAUACCACCAACAGAGAAGCCGUCCGUGUCAGCAUUUGCAGAGCGUCACGUAGAAGAGACGUCUCACGGCUCGGCUGGCAUCGCUGUAGGGGUCGUGUUGAUCAUCAUCGCUGUCGCAGGUGUUGCCGGCUUUCUGUUCUAUAAGAGAAUUUGCAGGCCUUUGAUUGGACAGCGUACAUUUGACAACAGACUCUAUAACAACUCUGAUCUGUCGGAGCCUCUUGCCACUUUUAAUAGUAAGGGUAUCGCUGGCAACAAUGAACAAAAUGAGCACGACUAACACAUCAAUACACACAUGGCACUAAUUUUGAAUGUAAUGCACACAAGCCGUAUUGAAACAUGUACAUUAGAUACGCCGAGAAUACAGACCCGACAGCAGACAACUGUUCUGUGAUAAAUAAUAAGAUCUUUUAUAAUAAUUUAGAUAGUGGAAAGAUGAAUUUACUCAUUUUGACUGGAUGUUACACCCCAGUAACAGUGGAAACACGUUUGCGAUGUAUACAUUAAGCAGAAUAUCAUUCCAUUCAUGCCAGCGAGUUAUCGAGCUUAGAAGCAAACUUGCUGUUUUCUGGCAGCAUUUAAGCUUUUUAUGAAUGUUGAACUGUUCUUUUGAAUUCAUGUUUUUGUGCUAACACUGUACAGUAACGUUUCAUUUGUUUCCUGAGUUAACAUGAAAAGUGCUUCUGUAGCAUAUUGAUUUCAACAUUUACUAAUCCAUAUCUCAAGUCAUACACUGUAUCUUGUAUUAGUUUUAGUAUUCGUUAAAACAAGCAAAUGUAUUGAUAUUAACAUUAACAUAGACAAAGAUUGAAAGAAAGAUGUUUUAAAAAUGUUGCUCAUUGUUAUAUAAUGUUAGCGAAGCAUUAGCGAACAAUAUUACACUUCCGUUUGGAGUACUUGAUUCAGACUUGGUCUGUUGUCUCCCAAUAACAACUGCUAAAACGGAUUUAUUUUAAAAAACGUAGUUUCUAUUUACACAGAGUACAAAUAGCCCGCCUUGUUGGCAGAGACUAUUUACACUAGCUCCGCCCACCAAUAUGUGAUUGGAAAAGAGAAAGUGUAAGAUUGACGCCAUUUCGACUCGAGUGGCAUAAAGUGUAAAGUCUGUGUAGUGCGGCAUGGGAGACCGGGCUUCUAAUCCCGCUGAAAACCUUCUUUAACCUUUUUUAUUACUUUACAGAUCAUAAAGGCAUUUGUUUUCAAUAAAAUUGAUUUAAGACUUAAAAUUCUUUUUUUUUAUUCAUAAACUUUUUAUGGUUUUGUAGAUUUAGGGUAAGGUUAGGGGUAGGUAUAGGGCAGGUAUAGGGCUUUAAUAUCUCAAUAAGUUGCCAUCA